AUGCCUCAAUAUAUUAGGCACCUACUUUUUGCUGAUGACUUUGGGGUGCCCUAUCAAACCUUGGACGAUAUUGUUAAACGGGCAGACAAAUGUUCGAUCAGGUUCCAAACCAUUUUGAUGUGCUGUACUGAAGCAUGGUUGCAAAAGCAUCAAGAAAGAUCGGUUUCUGAAUAUCACCUAUUUGGGGAUAGUGCCGAAGCAAAAUACCAACCAGAAAACAAGUUUUUGGUGAGGCAUUUAGUGAUAACCUUGCCCACGAAAAAUUGGUUAGAAAAGGAGCUUCCAAAAUUUGAAAUGUUAAAUAGUGUGUCGAUUUGUGUAACAGAAUACGGGUUCCCCAUAUUUACGGAAUUCGCUUUAGAACACAAGGUUAGGGUCAAUGAAUUGCGUUUGCGAAUCAAUAAUUCUUUUCAGUUGGAAGAUAUUCUAUCAAAUUUUGAGGUCUGGUGCAUCAAGAGAUUCCAGAUACGAAGUAGCCAGAUUUCACUCCUCCAAACUAUGCUCCCAUUUGUUCACCAAUUUUGCUUGCUCGAGUCAUUAGCCAUGGAAUUUAGGAGGGGUCAAUUUCCAAGAUUGGAUGAUUGGGUGAGAUUCUUUGAAAAAAUACCCCAGCCUUUGGCAGAGAUAGUUUUAGAAAGUGUUUUCCAGGGCAUUUGCGAUAGGGCACUGACUGGAAAGAAGCGAUAUCUAAAAAUCUUGAGCCUUUCGUCAAUAGACCAGGUAGCUUUUCGAAGCGGAGGACGUGGUGGGAAUCGAAAUCCAGUAAUCUUUGAGAUGGAUAAUUUUCCAGCUCUCAAAUUACGUGAUAUCAACUUAGAUCGUUACUUUUCUUUGGAGAAGGUAAUUGUGGAUGGGAGACUCUUUCAUGUUAGCAAGUCAAGACUGAAAUAUUUGACACCAGCUGAGUUCCAUGCAAAUUUUGCAACACCCGAUAUUCGUUUCUAG